AUGGCACUGGAGAAGGAGAGGGUGUGCGUGACUGGAGCUGGAGGAUACUUGGGAUCAUGGGUUGUCAACCUUCUUCUCUCUAAGGACUAUCUCGUCCAUGGAACCAUUAGAGAUCCCUCGGAUGACAAAUAUGCUCAUUUGAAAGAGCUUGACAAGGCAACCGAGAAUCUCAAACUCUUCAAGGCAGAUUUAUUGGACUACAGCUCUCUUUGUUCAGCUAUUCAAGGAUGCAGAGGGGUCUUCCAUGUUGCCAGCCCUGUUCCCUACACUGUAGUGCCAAACCCUGAGGUAGAGGUGAUUGAGCCAGCCGUAAAGGGCACACUAAAUGUGCUUAAAGCAUGUGCUGAGGCAAAGGUAAAACGAGUUGUCAUUGUGUCCUCUGGAAGUGCAGUUUUGUUUAACCCAAGCUGGCCCAAGGGUCAAGUGAUGGAUGAGAAUUGCUGGUCUGAUAAGGAAUAUUGCAGAGCAACUAAGAAUUGGUAUAAUCUUUCUAAGACAGAAGCAGAAAGUGAGGCUUGGGAAUAUGCGAAAAGGAGUGGGCUUGACGUUGUAGUAAUUUGUCCUUCCCUAAUUUUGGGGCCAAUUCUGCAGUCCACAGUUAAUGCAAGUACAAGAGUCCUUAUUCAGAUUUUGAAAGAUGGACGUGAGUCAUUGCAAAACAAGAUUCGGCCGAUAGUAGAUGUUCGUGAUGUGGCUGAAGCACUGCUUUUGGCAUAUGAGACGCCUAAGGCAGAAGGUAGAUACAUAUGCACGGCUUACACAAUCAGAGUUAAAGAUCUAGUGGAGAAAUUGAGGAGUAUAUAUCCUUCCUACAACUAUCCUAAAAGCUUCACCGAAGAAGAUCAGGAAGCAGUACUGAUGAGUUCGGAGAAGUUAGAGAGGCUAGGUUGGAGUUUCCGUCCAUUGGAGGAAACUCUGAUCGACUCCGUCGAAAACUAUCAGAAAACUGGACUCUUGGAUUAA